CAUAAGAAGUUAUUUCUUUCAGCGGAUUCCUUUUCAAUUAAAGGGACAUGAAUCAGGAUCACUUUCUCUACUCGCGCCCUAUCAAGUUCGAUCUCCUUAUCUCUUACUUCAUGGUUCACAGCUUACUCUGUACUAAAUACGUGGCGGUACGCAGCAGGGACAAGGCUCGCCAUCCUCACUCCGCGGCUCAUUACCCCCACUCCGCGGCUCAUUACCUCCACUUCGUGACUCAAGCGCGCACAGUCGCGGUUGUUCACCUCACUGUGAAAUGCGGCUGUUGUUUUCAUUCAGACGUCAUGCAGCGACCUAUCCCAAUCUGCUUUAGCGUGAGUGCCGGCCGAUCAUGGGGAUCGAUGCAAACAUCAAUAACUCCACUGGCAAACGUCCUAGCGACUUGAAAAGAAGACCAUUGGAAAGGAUAAAUUACCGAGCUUCCGGCAGAUGUGAGAGCCGUCCUUCUGUGGAUCAAACAGCGUAAUCGUCGUGGCAACUGUCACAAGGCAUCCUGACUGUCAAAGACAUAGAGUUGUCCACGGGGAAAUCCUUCUCCGUUAUCGUUCAAGUGAGAGAAACUUGAUGCUUCAAAAUGCCGCCGAAGAAAAAAAGAGAUACCGUGACGUUAGAAUUGGAUGCCAUUGAAUCAGAACCAAAAGUCGUGGAGACAACUGAGCCAGAAACCACGACAUUGAAAAUAUCCUUGGCGACUGGGGAACCUUACGGUCCCCGAGUACGUUUUAUCAGUGAGCAAGCCGAAGAGGAGAGCUCGGAUGACGAGCUGGAGUCGGAGAGCGAAGAAGAAGACAGGUAUCUUCAAAGAGAGCAACCAGAAGUACCUUCUGAAUUCUGGCACAUACAAAAGCUCAUCAAAUACAUGAAGGCCGGCAACCAGACCGCCACUAUGGUAUCCUUGUGCCUCCUAAAGGAUUAUGAUCUCACGAACAAGGAUAUACAAAAGGCUAUUCAAGGAAUGGGUGGUCUCGAAGUCUUGGUAAACCUUCUCGAAACAAAGGAUAUCAAGUGUCAGAAUGGUUCGUUGUCGGUUCUGCUGCAAAUUGCGACUUCCAUAGAGAUGAAGCGGCAUCUGAUUGACUUGGACAUCACGACACCAUUAAUUCAGAUGCUAAAACAUCCCGCCAGAGAUAUUCAGGUUUUAGCGGCUGAAACGAUGGCGAUCAUAGCUCAGGUGAGAAAAGCCAGAAAGCAGAUUCGAAUUCGUAAUGGAAUACCGCUCAUACUGGACGUGAUGGACGUGCCGGAUGAAGUUCUCCGUCGACCUUACGACGAAUUAAAUGAGACCAACAAAGAACUCGUGGCGGUCGCCAUAGGUUGCGCCAAAGUCCUGGACUCCCUCGGCAGCAGUCCAAAGGUCAAAGAGGAGCUCCGCAAGCAUGGCGUCGUUCCUCUGAUGUCGCGCUUUUUGAGAUCGAGGCACACUCAGCUGAUCGUACCCACGAUGGGCGUCGUGCAGCAGUGCGCUGAUCUGAACGUAUUCAGGGAGGAGUUCGAGCGAGUCGGUAUGAUUGACGAGUUGGUGCGCCACUUGAAGAACGAAAACGUGAAGCUCAAGGAGAACUGCGCCCUGGCGAUCUUUAAGUGCGCCUCGAACCAGGAGACCCGCAGCAGGGUGCGAAAGUCUGGCGGUCUGGACCCGCUGUGUCGGCUCGUGCAGAGCGACACGGUACGCGCUAAUAAACGUCUACUGGCCGCGGUGACCGGUGCCGUUUGGAAGUGCGCCAUGAGCCCGGAAAACGUGACGAGAUUCAAUCAAAACGACCUGGUGACGUCGCUGGUGCCACUUCUCGAGGAGAACGAAGACGAGCGAGUGUUGGCUAACGUUGUGGGCGCCCUCGCCGAGUGCUGUAGGGAUCCCGCUAACAGGACCGUCUUAAAGACUAACGAGGGCCUGCCGAAACUGAUUAGAUUGUUGAGCGCCACGUACGAGCCGUUACUGGAGAACGUGCCGCUGGUGCUGAAAGAGUGCGCCGUCGACGGGACGUGUAUGGAUAUCAUCAAUGAUCCGGAGCAUCAGCUGGACGGCGUGCGAUUGGUUUGGUCCCUCCUGAAGCACCCCAGCGACGUGAUCAAGCGAAACGCCUGUCUUGCUUUGGUGCCUUGCAUCAAGCACGCUAAGGACUCACCGGAGAUGGUGCGCGCCUUCGUGGGCGGCUUAGAACUUACCGUCAGUCUGCUGGAGAGCAAAAACACGGAAGUGCUAAGCGCGGUUUGCGCCAUGAUUGCGGAGAUCGCCGCUGAUCCUGAGAACCUAGGGAUCCUCACGGAUCACGGUGUCGUGAAGAAAUUGGCCGCUCUCGUGGAAACCGACGAUGAAAAACUACGGGCGAACUUGACGUUAGCGAUAGCUUAUUGCUGCGAGUGGGACCGCAACAGCUACGAGUUCGGCAAACUGAACGCCGUCGCACCUCUCGUUAAUUAUAUGACCAGCAAAAAUAAGAAAGUACUGAAGGGCGUCUGCAUCGCCGUUUACCAUUUGAGCAAGGAGCCUUUGAAUUGCGUGACUAUGCAUACCUGCGGCGUUAUCAAGCACGUUUUGCGCUUGGUGGGCUCGGACGAUCCGGAGGUGCAAAUCGCAGCUGCGUCCACCAUACGUCACAUAAGGAAGCUCGCAUUGACAGCGGAAAAAUUCCACUUCAACGAAACGAGCACGCUACAGGAAACCGAUUUCCGUCUGUAAAUUGAAUUAUCGGGAAUUAUCCGAGGAAAAAAACUGAAGAGAGAAAGAGACGUAAGAAGUGUAUAAAAUAAAAAGAUCUUUAUUUGUGCACAUUCCUUAAUAGCAAUUUACAAUCAUCGUCGAUACAUUUAAAUUUACAAUUCCGCUUGAAACCCGUAUAACCCGGCGACAAUCGUAGCACUGAGCGCGUAAUUGAAACGACGUAAAAUUUUACGUGUGAUCGAAAGAGAGUUUAAGAAAAUUUAGUCUCAAAGUCACAAAAAAAUGUCGGAUAUUUUGAUCCGCACUUGAAACAUCGGAUACACAAUUAUCAAUAGUUAAGUUACUCAGCAUCAAUAUGCCAAGUUUGAGCAACACAUAUCUUAGGGUGCGUCUACAAUUUAAAAAUAAAGAAUGUAUAACGUAGAAUACACUAAACGAAGAACAGACGACGGUCGCAUGCAAAUACGAUGCAAGUUCACACGUGAGACGUACAAAGUUAAGCUAAACGUAGAUGUAUACCAUCGAUCCGCCCUCUCGUUGCAUUUGGCGGUUCAUGAACUAGCUAAGGAGCUUCUCCCCGAAUUCUUUUAAGAGAAAAAGCUUAUGUAAAAAUAAUCGCGCCAUUAAACGUCAACCGUAAUAAAAAAAUUUACCGGAAAAAAGAAUCAUAUAGGUAUCACCAGCGAAUUUCAAUAAAUAUUCUUUACAUGCCAUACUUGUUGAAUCUUGUUAAUUUCUUCAGAAUUAAAUAGCCGCUCCUUAACAGUCAUGUCUAGUAUCUUAUGUAAGGCAUAUUAAGGGUUGGUUCCAUCAACAUCGAUUUUACUUAGUUCAAACGCGUUCACAAUUUACAAUAUUGAGAAAUCUCAUUGUCGAGUAAUUUUAAUAUUAAUGUCUUAGGACUAGUUGUUCCAACUUCUUGGUAAGCUACCUAAUAGUUAAAUCAUAUAUUUGUCUUUGUCUAAUUUGAAAAAAAAAAACGAAAACAGACGUAUGAUUUAACUGUCAAGUAGCUUACCGAGAGAUUGGGACAAUCA